AUUAUGGCCGUCCAAGAGCGAACUCUGUCUAAAGACGAUAUCGAAAUGCAUCUCGCAACCAACCACAUCGGUCACUGGCUUCUCAGCUGCCUAAUAAUACCCAAGCUUAUCAAAGCAUCCGAGGGAAAACCAAAGGGCUCCGUUCGUAUCGUCAAUGUCAGUUCUGCUUCGCCUAUGGUAUCAAACAUGCGCUGGAGCGAUAUGAACUUUGACAAAAAGAACAAAGACCUUCCCCAGGAAGAGCAGCCAAAUUAUGAGUUUUUCAAACUUUGGGGAUACAAAAACAGUGAAGACACUCCCUAUGUUCCCCUCGAUGGCUAUAACCGCAGCAAGGUCGCCAAUGUUCUCUUCGGCAUCGAAGCAAACAAGCGUCUCUUCGAAAAGCAUGGUAUUUUCACUCUUGCUGCUCAUCCUGGUGUUAUCAUGACUACUGAAUUGGGAAGAAACUUUCCCAAAGAGACGUUGGAAGCUGUUAAGAAGUUGGGAUCGAUGGGAUUCUAUACUCAUAAGUCGUUGGGUGCUGGGGCUUCGACCAGUCUUGUUGCUGCAUUGGAUCCAAAGCUUGCGAUCGGUAUUGGAGAGACUCAUGAAGGAAGUGAGAAUUAUGGAGCAUAUCUUGCUGAUUGUCAGAUCAGUACUGGGGCUAAACCGUUGGCUGUUUCGAGCAGUGAGGCUAAGAAACUGUGGGAUUUCUCUGAGGAGGCAACUGGACAAAAGUUUUCGUGGUAAAAAUCUUACGAGAUCGCUACUCUUUCUGCUAUCAUUAGGAUCGGCUCUUAAUAGUUAAAUUUUGAAGUCCUUGAUGAGUAUUCAAGCCAUUUUUGGAGUCUCAACCUUUUAUGCUUGUGCGUUGUAAAA